AAUUCAAUAAUUAACAUCACUUCAAACCAGAUUUUUUGCACCGAUAUCAUUGUUUUGUUUAUUACCGCCUCCGUUAUAACCCCACUUAAUGUUUACGAUUAGCGUUAGCUAUAUAAACGGGAAAAUAAAGUCACGGGCCACCUGACAUUCAGAUUAUCAGCAAACUCAGCCAACAAAACGUUCUAAAUACGAACUCUAACACGAUUACGACCAACGUGCCUUCUAUAAAUAACUUGAAAACAUUUCGCAUUAAAUUUAGUGCAGCUAGUUAAAGUGAAGUUUUGAAUCAACAGAGAUGGAUGAAAACAUAGUUUUUGAUUUAAUGAACGGUACAGAGCAGGUUCGAAGUGUUUUUGUGAAAUUAUCGCGAGGACCUGAAAAUAAUGUUUCGGGAAAAGCGUUUACUAAAUUUUUUAAAGGAAUGGGAUCCAUGUUUUAUCUCAUGGAUAAUAAGGAAGUUAGUUAUGAAAAUCCAGAUCAAGUUCCUGAUUUUAUUAGAGAUGCAACACCUUAUUUCUUAAUUUUUAUGUUAAUCGAAAACAUAAUUUUAUGGAUCGAAAAGAAGCCUUUGAUGCGACUCAACGAUGGUGUUACAAGCGCAGCUCUUGGGAUGAUCCAAAGAUGCGGGCAGUGAGUAUUUUUUUUAAACCCCAUUUCGGUUUUUAUAAAAAUUUAGAUUGAAAUUUAUUGCGACUCUCUCAAUAGCCUCGGGCUUAAUUGAAUUUUGCAUUUUCAAGCUGUUGUGUUGGUGAGUUUUCGAUCGAUACAACUUGAAGCGAAGCUUCGGAGCUUUCAGGUUGAUUAAAAAAAGUACUCUUAAUUGAAAUUCAAUUCGUUAUCGAAUUUUUUAAACGAUAAUCUAAAA